AUGAGCUGUGUGGAAAAGCGACAUGUGACCCAUCGGGUGGGGAGCAUGCUCCACCAUCGCUUCCCCAAUGGCUUCACUGACUUGUUCAUGGAUGACACGGACCGGGAGGUCAGCACUCUCACUGAUCGAGCCUUCCGAAGUCUCUGCGUUGGAGAUGAUGCAGUUUAUAAUGAUGAGUUGCUGUAUGGAUUUUCACCUUUCAGCUGCCAUAAACCCCUGGUAGGGGAGCCCCUUAAAAAGACUCAUCAUAAGGAAUCUAAAAAGCACGGGCAAAAGAAAUGUGACAAAAACAAUGCCGAGCCGUGGAAACAGCAGCAGCAAAAGAAUAUGUCCAACAUGACAUCUUUCCUUAAGGCAUUGAGUGCCACAGAGGAAAGCUGUGAGGGGAUGUUAAUCAAAAAUGGAGGUACUAUGGAUUCUAAUGGGGAAUCAUGGGAUAAGUCAGCACUUCGCAGCAUCCAAAAGGAGUUAUCGGAUUUCUCCACGGAUUAUCACCCCAAUCUGAGAGAGGGACAUAACAAGAACCAUCAUCGACAUCACUCUGGUGGUGGGUCAUCCAACAAAACCGGCAAGGAUGCUGCCCUGCCCUCAGGGAAAUCGUCAAAGAUCAAGAACGGGAAAACCACUGUAAAAUUAAAGAAACUUAACAUCAAAAACUUUUUCCUCCACAGUGAGUUAAGCCCUUUCCAAUCUUGGAGAGAUUUUAAGCACUUCCCCUUUGGCCAAGAGGAGACAGUAACAUCUAUUCGUCCCACAGAUAAUAUCCCUAAAUGGUUCGACUUGCCAUUUUACAAGGAACUGACAGAUGCACACAAAAAAGAGACUCUGCAACCAGUGGAGGGGCAGUCAUGCCAGAAAGCAGCAGUAGAGCCGCCUCCUCCCACUGCUCCUAAACCCAUCCCUCCCCCUCCUCCACCAAAGGUCCUGCCAAAGCCCUCAGCUACUCUGGCGGAGAAGAGGUGCUCUUCGGAGGGAGGAGAUGGGAUUACUGCCCCCUGGAGGCGCAACAGGUCAAGGGCAACAAGUGCAAUUCCAGUCAAUCAGCCAGAAAUACCUAGUCAGGAAAGUGAUUCAAAGACAAUUGAUGAAACUCUUUUGUUGGUCAAAAAGGAACCUAAAUCUGUGGAGGUGAAAGCAAUAGAGGAGGUCAGCUCUUUGGCCUCUACUCCAUUCAGCAUCUGCCAACUGAUGACUCCUCUCAUUCCCUCCAGACAACCAACGGAAACAUCAGAGAUCCUCUCAGUCUUCUCGCCCUCUGCCCUUGACCUUCCGCUUAGACCCCACUCUGAGGUCAAAGUGACACCCGAACCUCCAGUCAAGCGGGAGAGCUACAAAUCACUGGCCUCUAGCAUCCUCUUCAACCUCAAAGACAACAGGAAAAGGGUUAAAAGCCGUUACAGCCCGCCUAAAUUCAAAACUAUUGAGUUGCCUGAUGGUGGCAUCCAAUCUCCACAAUCUGAUCAUUAUAAGCAUCCACACGCCAGCUCUGAGGGCAAUGCAUCUGGCUUUAGCACCCCUGCUAUCUUUAGAGAUGACAAAGUUACCAGGAAUAUAGUUGCAGAAGAGGAAUCGGACAAAACAUAUAGACACACUGAGGAAGUAAAUGAAGAUACAGAGGCCGUCAGUGAAACGCCCGGAAACAUGAUAUCACCUUUACUACUGGUGAAUGGUGUUAGUGUAAAUCAGAGCCCACCUGAUCAAGCUAGCUUGUCCUCAAAAUCCUCGUACUUCUCUGCAUAUAGCGCACUGAACAGAAACACUGAGACUGGGUCCAACAUCUACCACUCACUGGAGAACUUGAUGGGAGAGGUGGAGGAGGGAAUGCAGAAUGUUCCACAAAACACCAAACACGAUUUGGACAGGACUGAGGUGGAAUACUAUUCUUUGAGUGAUCAUGAAAGUGAGUCAGAGGUUAAGAAGCGAGCGAUAGCAGCGCUUCAACCAGAGGGAGAAGUGCCCGAUCAUGACAGCAAGGAGAAGUACAAUAUCACUGCAGAUGAAAGUUUAUAUCAAGAUGAAAAAACUCCAAUGACACCAAUAUCACCCCCUAACACGUUCUCACCGACUUUGGCAAUCCCGUCUUUAUUCAAAAUCAAAGACAACACUUUUAAUAAUAAGUUGAAGAAGAAACUACAACCUUGGGUACUGGGAGGUAGUCUGGGUGGUUCAGAGAGGGUAGAAGAUCAAGCAAAGGAAAAUCCACAGCUCACACUGGUUAAUGAGACCUCUACCAGUGAUUCCACCUUACCUCCAGCAGAAACCUUCACACCUAAAGAGAUUGUAACCAACCAUUUGCCUCCUCUGCUGCUUUCACCUUCAAAUCUACUGAACGAAAUCCCAAAGAAACCCCAACUUGGACAGUUCCUCACUGUCCAACAGGAGGACGACAGGUUGUCUGGAGUGAGUCCAUCAUCUGAGGGUGUAGAGAGCGUAACAACCAGCACGGCUGAGAUGGGAAAUAGCGCAGGAGUCCCAGGAGAGCAUGAUGUGUCCAAGGUUUUCAGCGAAGGCUCCGGAUCCACCUACAGUGGAAACGAAAGCCAAACUGGGUUAUCCAAGCCCCCCAUUGUCUUACCCAAAUCUGACAAGGCUGUUCUCAAAGCCAUUAAGCUGACGAAUAGAAGAAUCAAGAAGGAGGAAGCCCAGAAGUCCCCCAACAAGUCAUCUCAAAGCAGCAGCAAGCACAGAGCAGACAGACACAAGGCGGACAAGUCUGAGCAAAAAAGUGGCAGCAGCAGUAAGAAUAGCAAGAGCAUCGAGAGAAAGCACCACCAUCAGAGUGAAGAUCCCCCUGGUAGAACAAACCGUGAAGGAAGUGAGCAACGACUCCAUGAAGACAGAGCCAACAACAGCGAAGACCACCAUCAAGACAGAGCACAGAUGAACCGCAAUACUACGAGACGGAGCAACAAGUCGGCAGACAGCAACAAGCAGAGCAAAGAAGAACUACCAAGUGUUGCAACUGAAAGACAAGGCCGCGACAGCGACAGACAUGUUCGAGACAAGCCCAAAAGACAUUACAGCACUGAUAGGGUCAUCAGUAACGUACCUGUGUACAAAGCUCAAGACAGCCCCGUGUCGGACAGGCCAUUCCAACGGUCGCAGAGCAUUGAUCGAUACUUGGGAGACAAAGUGGAACGCAGGCUCAGUGCCGAUAUGUCAGCGAACGAGAGGUUUGAUCCGCGGACGCAGCGCAUUGAGAAAUCCAUCAUGGACGGGAUCCAGCAGAGAGGCCGAGCCAGAGACAAGGCGACCAGAGACAACCCAUCGAGGAGGAGUCAGAGCAUUGAUGCGUACAGCACUGAAGCAUCUCACCCUCCAACUCUGUCCCGCCAGUCGAGCUACAACAGCCAGUUUUCACGCCAGUCCAGCAUCGAGCACGCCAUUGUCGCACAGUCGUUCCCCAUGACCCAGCGCAAGCUCCUCCAGGAUCCAGAAUCAGGGCAGUAUUUCUUCGUUGACAUGCCCAUACAAGUCAAGACAAAAACCUUCUUUGAUCCCGAAACAGGAAGCUACGUGCAGCUGCCAGUCCAGCCCCCAGAGGGUGCUAUUCCCCAGGCUUCCCCCAUGGAGGUCUUGACCCCACCUCUGGUUGUGUACCACAGCUUUGUGCCAGUGCCUCUGUCCCCCAUGGCUCAGAAAGCUAUCAUUCAAACUGCUGUUAUAGAGCCAGAGGAGUUUGAUCAGAGACGCCUAGAGAGGUCAAGGCAAAUGCACUGUAGGGAGGGACAUCAGUAUUUAGAGCCUGUCUAUGGUCAACAUGACCACAUGUUAGGGGAGUUCAUGGGCACUGAGGAGCUGGACUGUGCAAGCUGA